AUGGCACAGAGCAAUUGGGAAGCUGAUAAGAUGCUUGAUGUUUAUAUUCAUGAUUAUCUGUUGAAAAGAAAAUUGAUUGCUUCCGCAAACGCAUUUAUGACUGAAGGGAAGGUUGCUACAGAUCCAGUAGCAAUUGAUGCACCAGGAGGAUUCCUCUUUGAAUGGUGGUCUGUUUUCUGGGACAUAUUCAUUGCAAGGACAAAUGAGAAGCAUUCAGAGGCUGCUGCAGCUUACAUUGAGGCACAGCAAAUUAAGGCAAGGGAGCAACAACAGCUACAGAUGCAGCAGCUGCAGCUAUUGCAGCAGCGCAAUGCUCAGUUACAGCGUAGGGAUCCUAAUCAUCCUGCUCUGGGUGGUUCUAUAAAUGCUAUAAACUCUGAGGGAGUAAUGGGGCAAACCUCAGCCAGUGUGCUAGCCAUGAAAAUGUAUGAAGAGCGUAUGAAGCACCCUCACUCGAUGGAUUCGGAGACAUCCCCUGCGCUUAUUGAUGCCAAUAGAAUGGCCCUACUCAAAUCAGCUGCAAAUCCACAAGGCCAGUUGGUACAAAGCAAUUCUGGGAACAUGCCAGCUGCUUUGCAGCAAAUCCAGGGACGAACUCCUUUAACCACUGAAAUCAAAAGCGAAGUUAACUUGGGUGCAACUCAGAAAAGUUUGCCUAUGGAUCCUUCAUCAAUUUAUGGACAAGCAAUUUUACAGUCGAAAUCUGGCUUGGGUGGUGCAGGACUAAGUCAAGGUAUUACGGGUCUUCCUUUGAAGGGUUGGCCUCUAACUGGAAUUGACCAAUUACGACCAAACUUGGGUGUACAAGUACAGAAGCCAAAUCUUCAUACACAAAAUCAGUUCCUUUUGGCAUCUCAACAACAGCAAAUCUUGGCACAGGCUCAGGCACAAAGUAACCUUGGAAAUUCAACGAACUACGGAGAUAUGGAUGCUCGUAGAUUUUUGCCCAGGGGUGGCUUGAAUGCAAAAGAUGGUCAAGAUACUAGGAAUGAUGGAUCUAUCUGCUCUCCAGUGCUAUCAAGUUCACCAAAGAUAAAAAUGGCCCAGAUGCAACACUCCUCCUCCCAACAACAUGAACAAUUGCAACAGCAGCAACUGCAACAGAAUAACAGAAAAAGGAAACAACACUCUUCUUCUGGACCUGCCAACAGCACCGGCACAGGAAACACUGUUGGCCCUUCACCUAGUUCUCCCCCAUCAACUCACACACCUGGUGAUGGAAUUAACACAGCCAGUAGUCUGCAGCACGUUAACAGCAUACCAAAAAGCUUGAUGAUGUAUGGUCCAGAAGGAACAGGAGGCCUUCCUUCGUCUUCCAAUUUACUGGAUGACAUAGAACGAUUUGGAGAUGUUGGUUCUUUAGAAGAUAAUGUGGAAUCAUUUUUGUCACAUGAUGUGGAAAACAGGAGGGAUCUAUAUGGGACACUAAAGCAGAGUCCCGCAGGGCACCAUAAAGAGUGUUCUAAAGGUUUUACAUUUGGUGAAGUUGGUUGCAUACGGACCAGAAACAGCAAAGUUACUUGCUGUCACUUUUCUUCAGACGGGAAGCUGCUGGCUAGUGCUGGACAUGACAAAAAGGUGACACUCUGGAACAUGGAUACCCUGCAGACAGAGAGUACUCCCGAAGAGCACAAGUUAGUCAUAACAGAUGUUCGUUUUAGACCAAAUUCAUCCCAGCUGGCAACAGCUUCAGUUGACAAAUCUGUGCGAUUAUGGGAUGCAGCCAAUCCAAACUAUUGUUUACAAGCAUAUACAGGGCACAACUCACCUAUCAUGUCCCUUGACUUCCACCCUAAGAAGACGGACUUAUUUUGUUUCUGUGAUCCUGACAAUGAAAUUCGCUACUGGAAUAUCAACCCAUUCUCCUGUACUCGUAAUUCCAAGGGAGGUACUGCACAAGUGAGAUUUCAACCAAGAACUGGACAACUGCUGGCAGCAGCAUCAGAUAAAAUGGUUUCCAUCUUUGAUGUCGAAACUGACAGGCAAACACACUCAUUACAGGGACACUCUGAAAUGGUAAACUACAUUUGUUGGGAUGCAAAUGGAGACUAUCUGGCAUCUGUCAGUCAGAACUUGGUGAAGAUUUGGUCGUUAGCUUCAAGCGAGUGUAUUCAGGAGCUUGGCUCUAACGGCAACCAGUUUCAUUCUUGUGUUUUUCACCCAAGUUAUUCAACUCUCUUGGUCAUUGGAGGAAUCUCGUCUUUGGAACUGUGGAACAUGACUGAGAACAAGAGAAUGACAAUUUCGGCUCACGAGAAUAUAAUCUCAGCUCUUGCGCAGUCACCCGACACUGGAAUGGUUGCAUCUGCAAGUCACGACAGCUCCGUCAAGCUAUGGAAGUAA